GCGUAGACGUUUAGGCAGGGUAGUCUGUUGAAGCGUUAACGCAGAUUGUGCCGAUGAGUUCGUUACUUGAGUGGACGAAACAGCUAAUGAGCGAUACUGUCUGGCUAACGAAAUAACGUGUGGCAACAUAUGAUGACAUAUACGAAAUAACAACAAAAACAAAGUGUCACCGAUGCGUCUAUGGGAUUGAGACGGUGGCAUUAAAAGCGUACUGAAGUAUGUUUUCAUUGGGUCCUAAUAAUAUAAACUCUGCAGUACAAGGACAGAAAAGUGCUUAGAGCGAGGCCGAGUGUGCACCUGUCGUAUAACAACUAAACAUUUAAAGGUACGCCUGUACAUAGUUGUACCUAUAUUCUUCGAUCCUUCUUCGUUCAUUUUAGAGUCAUCUGGAUGACCAGGUCGGAUUGUCGUCGACGACGUCAACGGAACGUUCGUGGCGCGUGUUACUGUAUGUGACAUAAGCGGCAAAAGCGUCGAAAAUACACUCGUAAGCAUGGGCGCAGUUUUUCCCGCCAGAGGAAGAAUUGUGCGAUGAUGCACACGAAGGACAAAGUUCAACGCGAUUUGCUGAUUUGAGCCGCGCAUGGAAUCAUUCCACAAUAGCAGCAGCAGCAGAAGAAGAAGAAGAAGAAGAAGAAGAAGAAGCGGCAGCAACAGCAGCAGCAGCAGCACCAGCAGCAGCUGGGCUCUAACUGGAUUUUGCAACUGGGGCGUAACGCGACUACGUCUCUUGAGUACUCUGCAGUUAAAACAAGAGUCUCUUUGCAAUGAUAUCAGCAUCAUGUGCGACAAAGAAGGUCUAAGUUUUUGCCACCAAGAAUACCAACCUAUAGUAUUACACGUUCAUUGAUUCCACAAGUGAUUCUAAAGCGAAGUGCUUGCCAUAGCGGCCAUAACAGGUUGUUCGCUCGAAGGUCGGUCGGUCGGUCGGUAUUCGGUGCAUGGUAGUAUCCAGACAGACUGUGACCCAGCCUCUGAAUGAGUGUUUGUUGUGAAUCAGUUUGUAUAUUUCGUUUGCUGUAGAUCCCUCCGCACCUAUAGGUAGUGUAGUAAGGUAAUGGUCUGGCAUUAUGAGUUCUUCCGUACCACGUUCGUCUCCUUUUCCGAGCCGACUUCCGGUCGCAUCAAUCAACUGUGUAUUAAAUAAAAUGAACAGUGACCCUCGUAGAACUGUGCGUGAUAGUCGAGAAAACGGAAACAAGUGAUAACGGCGUGAUACGAAAGUGGACAAGUAACGACGACUGCGUGUUGUGCUUUUUUCAGUCCGGUGCGAGCAAUCAAAAACAACGUGGGAAUAGCUGUAUAACUUCGUUGGUUAUUUGCCUACUGGCUUACCUAGGUAGUUUAUUGCUCCGAGCAAGUUCAAGUGUCCCAAGCGAAAAAGCCGCGUGAAAAUACCGAAGAGGAAGUGCCGUAGCAGGUUUCCGUCUGGCCAACCCGAUAACUUCAAAGGGAUACCCUACUGAAUGCCGACGCUAUGAACCCACUGCAAGUGGAGUUGUUGUUGAUACUGCUGGUUGUCGGACUAGCGGUAGUGCCCUGGACUGGGCAGGUAGUUCACUGUCGUGAACCCGACUGGGCGCAGGAUAUCGACACACGGAACGAUGACGACGUUUCAUCGGAAAAGUGCUCCAGGACGGUGGAUAUUUACCAAAGCGUCGAGCUGCCACCUGUGACCGACCGCAAUUUUGGCAAGCCGUUGCAUUGCGUCUACCGGAUUCGAGUUCGACCGGCUCGUGAAGACUGGGUAGUAUUUGUUCGUUUCACACGCAUGAGGGCGGGAGUACCUCAGGAAGAUCGGCAGGCCUGUGAUGGAGGUUAUAUACAAAUCGUCGAUGGAUAUACCCGAGAAACAAAUAUCUCCAACCGGGAAAAUCCGGGCUUUUAUUGCGGCGAAAUCGAUUCACCGAAAACGUUCAUUUCUGAGACUCCAUACGUAAAGGUGGUAUUCCACGCUGAUGAGUAUGGUCCUGACACUUACAUGCAGUUCGAGGCGACAGUAAAACAGCAACAGGAAGUCGCCUCUAGAUAUGGUCAGUACUCGAAUCUCUAUCCUCAUCGACGAGGUCAGCCCGUCCAAAACACAUAUUGCCAUCGGUUGUUCAAGGACUGCGCGCCAGGCCGGUGUUUUGUGCAGAGUCCAGCCUAUCCAGGCAUCUAUCCGCGAGGAUUAUCGUGCAAGUUCCGCAUAAACAUGCGUCAAAGCCUCGUCGGCCUCGAUUUGACAUUUUUCGAUGUGGACGGACUUCGGUGCGACAACCUUCUGAUGUGUUUUCCCAGGCCAAUCUCGCGGGACCCGGCGGAUUGUCCCUUCGAUUAUGUCCGCGUCUUCGACGGACCCACAGAGGAUCAUCCCGUCAUCACGACUCUCUGCGGGCGCGGCCGUCUCAAAUCCAACAUUGUGGCUUCAAGCAGCGAAAUGCUCGUUACGUUCGUGAGCUCUCCUGCCGGGCCCCUGCUCAACACAGGUUUUCAUUUUAAGGCUGAUAGCGUCUACGAUCAAGGCGGUGGCGAAACAAUUCAGCUUCGAAAUGGUGCAUGCAUUAUCGAGCGGAGCGUCUCAUCUACCGUUCAUUCGUACAAUUCGAUCCGAUCGUGGUAUCCUGCCAAUACCUCGUGCCAAUAUCGCUUCACCGCGCCGUUAGGCGAAAUUAUUCAUCUAGAGUUUACGCAGUUCCGCGUCGAGCGAGUAACGUUCUGCGAGGAGGCGAUCCGCAUCUAUGACUCACACGAGCUUGACCCGCGUUUUAUUAUCACGAAAAAUUGUGACACGAACCGGCCUAGGUCCGAGGCACCCCGCACCUUUUACGAGUCUACCUCAAAUAGAAUGCUGGUCGAUUUUUCGUCCACGGUCGGAAGUUUAGAUGGCAGCUCGAUUACGUUCUCGUUUGAAGUCAAACAUGUCAGCGCCAAUAUCUAUGACAACAAGCUGACGCCGAUGAACUGCAAUAAGAAGUUCAAGGUGUCCGAAGGUGACGCCCACUCUCGAGGCAGCUUUUCGCUUGGCUAUAAGGACUUCAUCGAACAUUCGAGACCCGUCGGUUGCAACUAUUCUUUCGAUGCCCGAGAAUGGCCCCAUGGCAGAGUCCAACUCACGAUAAGUGCACCGUUCGAAGUCAAGACGGACAACUGCGACGUCGACUGUCCGGCACACGGGCCAGGUCGAAUUGAAAUCUUUGCCGAGAGCAAACAUGAAAAGACCGUUUGUUUGUGUCGGGUUGGUACGGCUAAAAGCCAUCGGGUUGUCUCGAUCGGGCCGGUCCUUGAUCUCGGCUUGCGCCUCAAGCCGUCACCAGAUUGGCACCGGGUCGCAAAACUUACCCAAAGUGACCGAAUGUUGGAGGUAUCCUAUAUAUUUUACUCGGACACGAGAUGUGGUCCGGAGCGGCUGGGGCUUGAUCUUCAAGGCAGCCUACAUUUCCCACCGUUGGCGCAGCCAAUGACGACGCAUGCAAACCUGCCAGUCGAGCUCGGCCUCGAAAGAAGUCUGCCGCUGUACUGCCGAUGGACGGCCCCUUUGUUAGCAGAUCACGACGUCUCAUUUCGUCUGCAGUUCUUCCAUGCGCUGAGUCAAUAUAGUAACUGUUCGGCGAACUAUCUUCUGAUUGAUGAUGUUGCACUUUGCCCAAAUCCACCGGUCACUCACACGGUUUUACUACGCAGGGAGCACAUCCACGCUGGCUAUGUUCCGCUUGAGUUCCGUUCAAAGGACGGAUCGUCUGCAAAUUUCUCUUUAUGGUGGACACAAGUAAAAAUCCUUCCGACGCCAUCUUCGCCAGAUACACUCGUAUCUCUUUCCAAAGACUGCGAGUUUCUGUGCACGCAGUCGAUGGUAUGCUUGAAAAAGGAACUGGUCUGCAAUGGGGUGCCGAACUGUCCCCCAAGGACGUCGCAGGUGACGAAUCCGAAAAGUGGUGACGAUAACAACGACGACGACAGCAACAGCCCCGCAGAAGCAUACCGAAGCAGUGUAACAUCCGCCGAUGAAGAUCCCAACUUGUGCCAGGGAAUGGCCGCACAACUGCACGUUUACUGGUGGAUUAUCGGAUCGUGUAUUGGAUUGUGUAUCAUAGUCGGAAUGGCUUUCACGAUGACGCUCAUCAGGCGGUGCGUACACGAGCGUCAGUCAGAAGCCAAAGAAGAGGACGUUUUCUGACGACAAGCCAGGCCUCCCCUUCGUGGUGAGGAUCUUGACAAAGUUCUCGAAGAGUGAUCGAAAUUUCCUUGCUUGUGAUUGGUACUUCCUGCAUUUCUUCUCGUCUAGAUUUCCUGCUGCUAGAGAAUACUGAGUGACCCUUUAUCUGUCAUAGCCAUCAUACAUAGGCGCGUGAUAGCCCGUCAACGGCGGAGUCUUGCUGCCACAAGUGACCCAAGACAUCCCUUUCACUAACGCACGCGUUGGAAGUUGAAAUAUGCCACCCUCUUGCGAUCGAAGAGACCUCCUAAAUGGAGAAAACAAAAAAAGACAAAACGCAAGUCAAAAGACUCUGUCUACCUUUAGGUCACGUCGGAACAAGUAUCCAGUUGUCGUAACCUCUACGAAUGAAGACAAACGAAUGGGCGUGCGGUUGUAUGCAGGAAACCGUGAUUUUUUUGAGCUAUUUUUAUCCAUGCUGUCAAUAGGAAUAAAGUACAGAACGAAAUCAUAAUUAUAGCUAGUAAAGCCUGUACCCAACAGCCUUUCGACUUAUGACAUUUUGGACUACCCGAAACAGCAGCCCAAUCUUGCUUCUUUCGUCGGAUGGCGACCCAAAGUUAAAAAAUAGUAGACGUCAAGGGCUAUGACGCGCAAAGAAAUCGGUUGGUUUCUAGCUGUGCGGGUAGAAAAUAGCGGGCGACGCGACAGACAAGCAGUUGAGCUCGACAACCGCUUGCGCGUCGACAGGCUGGAUGGUGCAAGGACGACCGAGUCUCGUCAGGACGGAUGCCAAAAAAGAGACUGGGGUAAACAGGAAUAUCCCUUUGCCCUGCGGUAGAAGCAAGAUAUAAAAAAGCAGAUAAUUUCUGCCGACCAAUUCUUCCCUUUUCUAGACCCUCGGGCAAAGCUCAAAAUACAGGGACGUUGCUGUAUCAGAGAACAGCAGAAGCAAAACCAGGAGCCUACUAUAACAGCAGCGGGCCACAAGGAAGAGACAGCGGACAAGAUACAUAGGAGAAACAAGAAAAUUACAUGCUCCUACUGCUGCGGGCGUUGCUUCGUUUGCUACUGGCGGCAGGCAACCACCCAGCUUGAAACCCUAUGCGGUGGCAAGAGCGGCUCGAACACUGGGAGCCUUAAGGCAAGAUGCGUGAGUAACGCGAGGAAAAGACGACUACUCAGAAACAAGUGGCAGGACACAUAGGAGUUAAAGAAAGAGCAACGAUAUAUUUCAAAGUGUAAAUUACAAUGUUGUUCAAUGGGGGACAAGUUCAUGGCAAGCUAUGCUAUUCGUAAGAAGAUAUAAAGAGCAAUCCGCUUGGGCCAAGGCGAGGGACCAGACCUUUGCCUUGUGCCAUUGUGUUGUCUUAGCUUCUCUGUCUGCUUUCUAGUCGAAGGAGGCACAGUUGUCAGGCAGCAGUGUAAUACGAACAUAUGGGGAAACGUGAGUUAUACUCGCUAGCACCAAAAAGGCGAAAGGGGCAGAUCGUUCUGCCGUUUCUGUUCCUCUAGAACGAUGGGGCUAUUGAGACAUCCAACUAGCUGGGUAACUUGAAGCGGCCUUAGCAAAUCUGCUUCUGCCGUCUAUCUGUUUUGGGCGCUACUCUCAGAGACAACGCUUGACGCGCAUACUUGGCGCGAUAGCACUAUGCUCCACCGGGUUCAGGGCUUUCGGCUCCUACCAGUUGGGCUGAAUCCUAACACAGUGAACACACGAGAUAGUUACACACUUUAUAUUCCAAGCACAGAGAAGCAGAUAUGGAACUGAUCGUUUCUUUAAACGUUAAUUCCGGAUAGACAGUGUAGACUGGCAGCAGCUGGUCAGAGACCACCAGCGAAAAAAAAAAGGCUAGCGACAUAGCGUUCGAACAUAGAGAACUUCGGGGCGACGUAGCAGCGAAGGCCUCCUUCGGUUUUCCCACGUUAGCUUAGCACAAGAUCGGUGGUGGGUAAUCCAGGUAUCCAAGAUUACUACGCGCAUAGUGAAAUGUUCCAAAAACGAAGAUGACGACAGGCGAUGAUAGGCGUCGAGAGUGGCCGGCAAACCUACCGGAAACCAGGGGGCUAAGAGGUAAAAGGGUGGCCCCAGCAGCCGUAGUUCCGUAUAGCGAAGUGAUUUGUCUUGUACAUACUAAAUAGGUGUAGAAGGGGCGCCAAAGAGACAAAGACGUCAAGGUCAGAACGAAAGCAGAGGUGACGUAGCGUAUGACGAAAGAUACCAAAUAAAGUAGAAAGAAGAAAACACGUUAAUAAAAAAGUUGCAAAUGAAUAGGUGACAGGGGCAAAUAUGAAAGUGUAAAGUAUUACUAAAAGUGAAACUGUGAAAAAAAACGUUCUUAGACAACGUACGAGGAUAAGUACUAUUGGGAAUUCUGUGCAGGGGUUAUAAAAAUAAGGUAGUUCGAAGGUAGCUUUUUGAGUACCUUUAGGUUGGUUUAACAGUUCGGGUUUAAAGAAGGCAGGAAUUAAAUGAAAGUAAGCAGCGAGGUCCUGGCUGCUGUGUAUGAGCAGGACUGUGUCACGUACGUGGACUUGAUUUACGUGAACAGAGUGCUGCGUUGAUUUGAGAUGCGGCACCGACGGUGACAAAUUUGACGAACACAGUUCCCGAAACAAACGGAAGAUGUAUUCAAAUUGAGAUUAAUAGCGGAAGGGUCAUGGUGGGUAUCGAGAAAGAUAAUAUAUACAUAGACAGUAUCCGAAACGAAAUGCAAAGAUAUAUUGCUGGUUUGUAUAUAUAUAUACAUGUAGACGUUUCAAUAGAUUCGACCCAGCAACACGAUAACGGUAGAACAAUAACAAGAAUACUAACAACAAAACGAAUAGCAACAAAACAAGUCAAAAUGAUUUUUUUGCGAAAUAAAGCUAUAAAGUUGAUGUCUUUUGUACGUAUUAGCUAUACUUAUUUGACCCAUCUAGGUAAAAAACAGAUGUGUGGAGGUAACAUAUUUACGAAGGAAGUACAAGAUAGGUGUAUUUUUGUUACCGAUUUCACACAACUAGGGACAAUCGUUAAAUAAAGAUGUUAAAUUCUCUCUUGUAUCGUAGUUGGUAAAAAAAAACAUCAGCUUGCAUUCACUAUGUACUAUUAUCAUUCAAAUAUUACACUUAAUAAUAGUUGGAAUCUGUAAAACACUCAGUGUUUUCAGUUAUAAAGCUUUUGGGUCGCUUUAAGCGGAAUUCUACAUAGCCGUUCGCAGUAUUUGUUGACGGUGCAUAAUAAAUAAACUGCUGAAUUU